GCACAGAAGGACGCAGACAUAGUGCUGGCACAGGAAUUGCACUGGGGUUGUGGUCGCGAAGAGGGCAGCUGGCGGAUAGGUGACUGGUAUGCCAUUGUUUGUCCGGAUAGCAAGCAUCGCUAUUGUGGUGUUGGAGUUUUUAUCUCCUCGCGCGUAGCGCAACCGGAUCAGGUCGCUUACAAAACGGUUAUUCCAGGACGUCUCUUGCACGCCAGAUGCACCACUCGACUGCUGACCAUGGACAUCGUCGCAGGCUAUCAAUGGGUCUGGCAAGAGCAGACUAAGGAGGCGGUAGCCCAGAACAGACAUCGCUUCUGGACGCAGCUUGGACGACUCCUGCACACUUUCCCUGUUCGUAACCUACUUGUUAUGGGCUGUGACUUGAACACAGGCCUGAGGCCAAUACCGGGUUUAAUUGGCCGUGGUCUCCUCAAGCAUAACAAGAAACCUGACGAGGAAUUUGAGGCCCUGGUGCAGGCACACAGCCUUGUCUUGCUUAAUACAUGGUCCCGAGCCUCCCCGAAUGGAUGCCAUACCUUUGCUAACCAUAGUACCAAGACGCAACUGGACUUCGUGCUUACCAGACGGCUCACGGUUGAUGGUGCGUCAAGACUGGCGCGUCCCGUUGCGCUGGAUCUCAUGCCCUGGAGGACAGUGCUCUAUGCGACACCUGAGGGCUGCAGCGUGCACGAAUGGGCCGGAAGCACUGGCUCUUGCGAGCAUGAAGCGGAGCUGGCCUCUCAGAGGCAUGAUCAAGCUGAGCUCUAUCGGGUAAUCAACCAAAUAGCCCCGAAGAAGCGGCGCGAGUUUGAUGCUAUUUUCAAGUACUUCAGUGAAGCUUUCACCCGAAAGGAAACUUUCUGCCGUGCCGCUCUACAGACCCUGGAGGAUAGCAUCCAGAACAAUCAGCUCCCUGCUGAAACGGUAGACUGCGCCCUAAGAAUCAUGGUUAGCUUGGACUUAAGCCGCGCUUUUGAUUUGCUUGGCCGAGAGGUGGGAGUAAGACAGGGCUGUACCCUUAGCCCCCUGCUCUAUGCCCUCUACACUGCGUGGCUCUACGAGCAAUUGGCAGCCGAAACCAGCGAGGCUUGGGCCAAGGAGUGCCUAACGGUAUUCGCAGAAGAUAAGCAUUUGUCCUGGGACAUCAACAGCAUCGCAGAUCUGGCCUUCGUAUGCAAAUGUGUCCAGACAACAUAUCGUCUGCUCAAAAGCAGCGGAAUGCAAGUAAAUCCCGAAAAAUCCAAGAUUGUCAUUGCACUCCGUGGCAGCGCUGCCAUCAGGUGGUUGCGCAAACACACGCACCGCACGCCAGAUGGCGUCUUUAUAGACUUAGGCACGCCGCAUAUGCCGCUGAGGAUCCAACAGGUGCAACAGCUGGUUUAUCUAGGGGUGGUUGCUAGCUACACUGGGUUUGAGCUUCAAGCACUUAGACAUCGGCAGAAGGCAGCUGCGCAAAACAGGCAGAGGCUUCUUAAGUUUCUUCACUCCAAGAUCCUCAGCCUUAGACAGCGCACCCGUCUGUAUCGUGCUUGUGUCGUCAGCUCGCUUCUUUACGGCCUGCAUGCAGUUGGAGUCACCACGCAGAUGCUCCGGGAUAUCGAAGCCUCAGACUCCAGAGCUCUGAGAGCUAUUGCCCGUUCCCCAGCACAUCUAUACCAUGAGUCCACCGUGAAGUUGCGUCAGCGACUGCAAGUGGAGUCUCCAACUGCCAUCCUGUGCAAGCUGUUGAAAAAGCGCUGCCGUGUCUGCGCCGAUCACGAACAUCGGCAGUGGUUUCAGGAACAGCUGGACUUCCUAGAGCAUAGUCCCUCGGAUGCCCUGCCCACCCCCGAAGUACACCUUGCACCUGACGGAUUUCCGGGAGUUCCCUGCCCAGAUUGUGGAAUGGUCUUUGUCAACCGUAGGUCACCCGCACCGCUGAUCAUGGCAGAGGAAGAUCGCGCAGCCCUUGCCCAACAGGAGCUGAACAUCCUGGGCAUCAGUGGCAAGAGUGGAAGCCAGGGCCCGAAGGCCAUGGAUCAGGAGCCGGCGGCUUUUUCCAGCGAGAAGUGGACAGAGAAGGAGUGGGAUCAGCGCCGCUCCCGAAAGUGGCCUCGGCAGGAGUCAAAGGGGACAGGACGAUCCUACGAUUCCUGGGGAUCGCACGGCAAAAGGCAGCGCCCCGAGACGUCGCAGGGCAGCGGAACGCUGGACAAGCAGACGCGAAACUGGCAGACGCAGUACAUCAACAAUGCUGUGAACACCUCCCUCAAGGUCAUCAUGAUGAUGUCAUGGUCCCGGCUUCUCCGCGAGCAAUUGGACCGGGUACUCUCGGAAGAGGAACUGGUGGGCAAAUACAAGGAGCUGGGCUGGAUGGUGGACGGAGAAAACGCCCUCUCUCCGUGCUGGAAUUACUUGGAGUGGAACAGCGCAGAGAAAAAAGAGCAAGUCUCCAAGGCCGUCCCCUGCAAGCACCAGGAUGUCCUCGCAGUGCUUGACAAGAUCGAUGCCUACGCUGCCUUCCAGGAGACAGAUUUCUGCGAUUGGACGGCGCGCCGAUCCCAGUAG